GAAGAUGCGAAAAGGCGGAAGAAUAGAGCGAGAGGCAGAAAGGCAAAGGCAUUUUGUACCUCUGUAAAGGUGACGAGGAAAUGAGAAGCAGAGAGGCUUAAGUAAAGCGUCGGCCUGGCGCGUGACUUUGCGCGCUGGGGCUGGCGUGCUGAUUGAUCAUGCUUUUGACUUUAAUCACCUCACAUGGGCGCAUAUGAUAACGUGCUUGGAUUUUUACAAAGAAAUACUGCAAAGUUGGAUUUUUUUGUCUCUUGACAAAUAAGCAACAGCAAGAGAUUGUCAACUAUUCUAUGAUAAAUCUACUUACACAAUGCCCGGUGAUGUAGACAAGUCGCUGUUAGAGCGUCUACAAGCGCUGCGGGGUUCAAGCUCCGGCGCAUCAAGUCAAGCAGCUCCGAUAAAGUACGAGAAGAUAUUCCAGCCGCUGGGCGUACUCUCGGUAAACGAAAGCAGAGAUGAGUGCUAAAAUAAUUUGCAGGUUCAGUGUAGAUGUGAUUGAGAGGUCUAAGCCAGCGACCAGAGAAGACACACUCGCCGCUCGGUUAAAGUUACUCCGAGCCCAGGAUGGCGGCUCAGCCUCGUCACCAGGACAGAAGUCUCUCGAAACGGAGAAGACCGCUACCAGUGUGAUACCCCCAUCGUCGUCGUCAGAAUCAAGGGCCGCCGAGGCUGGAAAUACGGCAUCUAAAGAGAAGCCGGCUGAACUGGAAGAUGGCGAUGAUGCGGACUUUAUGUUCUCGACAGAUGAUCAAACGUUGGAGGAGCUGCUU